AUGGCUUGGAGGCUUGUGUGCGAAGAGAUGUCGGAAAAGUUUGGACGACAGUAUGAUAGUCUCGAGUCUGGCAUACUUGAAAAAAUCACAUCUUGGCCGUUCUUCGCAAACCUACGUUUCAUCGAUCCACCAGAUGACGAUGAAGGCAUACGUUAUUGUAAUGUGGAGUCUGAAGAAAUCGUUGAAGUGGUAGAAGAGCUGGACAGUAUUGAACCGAAGCGCGAAUGUGCCAUCGCCAUCUCGAAACCGAAAACCGCCCUGGUGCCUUCCAGCAAAAAGUUAGAGAAAAAGACUAAAGGAAAAGAUACUGUGGACAAAAUAACAUCCGUUCUGGAGAAUUUAGAAACGCCAGAUAGUUUUGAAACAACUGGGCAAGCACUGUCGGCCAAGCUCCGUGAAAUUCAUAGACUGGAUAAACUCACUGCUGAGGACUAUUGCAUCAUACUGGAUGAGAUACAGGUGCAGAUGUCUCGUUCCAUUUAUGACCUCCAAAGGGCAAGAGCGGAAUGA